GAUACUGAAUUUAUGACAGCCGUGCAGGAACAGAUAUUUGAGCGUGUGAUUAACAUGAGGCAACAAUAUUGAACCAUAGCUGAGUCAGAAGCAGGCAAGAAGCGGGGGGAAAUCUGAGACCCGGCUUGUGGCUGUGGACUAGAAGCCCAACUAUCCAUCUGCAUCGGCAUCGUUGUUUGAUUUCUGAGGGCAUUCAAAGAACAUGUCUGCGGCAACUUCGAUCUCAAGUCCUGGGUCUCCAUAUCUGAGCCACCUGUCCUCCUCUUCUAAAACCACCUGUUCCGUUUUGUGUGGCCCCACUCCUUCUUGCAGAACCUUUUCCUCGGUUUCCACGCUCUCUCAAUCACCGCUUCCUCAGACUAACAUCCAGGUCAUUUGCGCGGACCUCAACCUUCCAUGGCUUCAGGCGCUUUUCCCCUGUCAUGGAGUGGCAGGAUUGCACGGUUAAGAUGGAGGUUAAUGUGCCUGCCUCAGCUGCCUAUAAUUUUUAUUCUGAUCGUGAAGCCAUCCCUCGGUGGAUGCCCUUUAUUUCCUCUGUUACGGUUUUGCCUGAUAAACCUGACCUGUCAAGGUGGUCCUUGAAGUAUAAAGCAUUCGGUCGUGACAUCGAAUACUCUUGGCUUGCCCGUAAUAUGCAGCCUAUUCCAAAUCAGAAAAUACACUGGCGAUCACUGGAAGGUCUUCCUAACAGGGGCGCUGUUCGAUUUUAUCCAAAAAGUCCUUCAUCAUGUGUAGUAGAACUGACAGUAUCAUACGAAGUUCCUCAACUCUUAGCUCCCGUGGCAUCGGCACUGCAACCAUUUCUUGAGCGCUUACUGCGACGUGGUUUGGAACGAUUUGCUAGUUUGGCACAGAGCUACUAAAUCACCUGGCCUGGCGGAGCCCUUCUGACUUUCUAAAUGGUUGGAUUCUGGAUAAAUCCACUGGAGAAAAUCAUUUGCUAUGACAGAAAUCCGUAAAGGCUCCUUCUUUUCGGUACUACUUAUUUCUUGAUGUUUACAGGUAAUCUUGCUCAUGACAACUAUAACGCAUAAGAAUUGCUCUCAAGGUCUUGAAUAGUUUCUUCCCCCUAUCAGGUUUGCACUUGCAAAUGCUCCCGGGAAUUUAUAUUUAUAUCCAUAGGCGUCUCCAUAAUGGGAAUGGGUCCCGAAACAAUUGGACAAGCCAGAGGAGAUUGUGAUCAUGCCGUGGAGUGACGAAGCGUCUUUUGAAUGCUAAUAGCUCAUUCUUCUUUAAGACGAAUCUUGAUUUAUAUCAUGCGUGGCCUUUUAGUUAUUCACUUGUUUGCCGUUAUCUGUUCUUGAUUUCCCAAGAUAGAGUUUGAUUUCUUUCAUGUCUUGCUUUCGAUUCGUGGCCUUUUUAGUUACCGCCUGCUAUAUUAUUUUCAAUCAAACCACGUUUUUAAUCCUA